AUUACUCUUGUAAAGUCACACCUCUAAUGGAGGGUGUAUAAAAAGUGGUUCCAGUUUGUUAUUAUUAUUUUGCAGCAAAGCAAUGGAUGUCUCGAAUGGAUUCCACUAUAUUGAGCUGUCUCCAAAUCCCAUAAGAUUCGAUGCUGUGAGUCAGCUUACAAAUGUGUUCUUCGAUGAUUCCAACAAGCAGAUAUUUGCUGUUCGAUCUGGAGGAGCUACGGGUGUGGUGGUCAAAGGACCAGGAGCCACAGACGAUACCGUGAUCUCUUUUUGCAUGAGCGAUCGCGGUGGUGCUAUACGAUCCAUAAAAUUCUCGCCGGACAAUCAAAUCCUAGCCGUUCAGCGAAAGGAAAAUGCGGUGGAGUUCAUAUGUUUCCAGGGGGAUCAGCCUAUGCUGCAGGAGAUAAUUACACACCAGGUAAAAACCAUGAUACAUGGCUUUGUAUGGGUACACAACCGGGAGGUGGCCCUGAUCUCGAAUACAGGUGUGGAAGUCUACACCGUAGUUCCAGAAAAGCGGCAGGUCCGCUCUGUGAAGUCCCUGAGCAUCGGAAUUAAGUGGUUCGCUUGGUGCUGCGAUGCCAAUGUGGCCCUGCUCUGCACUACUGAGGGAAACUCUCUGAUUCCAGUUCUGGUCAAGCAGAAAGUCAUCACCAAGCUGCCCAAAGUAGACUUGGGCAGUCCAAGUCGCGAUGUUCAGGAGAGCAAGGUGACAUUAGGCCAAGUGUAUGGAGUUCUUGCCGUGCUCAUCCUCCAGCCAAAUAUUAGCACAGGACAGAUGGAAGUGGAGGUGCAUUUGCUAAACGGACCUGGAUUAGCGCCUCGAAAGUGUCAUGUACUUCGUCUAAGCCUGGUGGGUCGCUUCGCCAUCAACACAGUAGACAAUCUGAUUGUGGUGCACCAUCAGGCUUCGGGUACAUCGCUUCUUUUCGACAUAUCCCUCCCUGGAGAGGUGAUCAAUGAAGUAACCUAUCAUACACCCAUAACCCCAGGUCGCUCAAUAAAACCAUUUGGCUUGAAGUUACCUUCCUUAUCACCUGAUGGGCAAAUCUUGCAGUGCGAGUUAUAUUCCACUAACUGGGUGCUCUUCCAGCCCAACAUUGUAAUCGAUGCCAAGUUGGGUUGCAUGUGGUUCCUUAACCUGUGCAUUGAGCCUAUGUGUCAACUCAUUUCGGAUCGCAUUCGUCUCACAGAAUUCCUGCUGCAGCGUAGCAACGGCAAGCAAAUGCUAUUAAAAGUGGUUGGCCAGCUAGUAGAUGAUCAGUAUAAGGGAACUCUAUUGCCAAUUUUAGAGACCAUAUUCAGCAGGAUUAACAAGAUAUAUGCGUCCUGGGUUCAGUUGGAGUUGCAGAAUCAAACUGCUCAGCCCUCGAAUGUGAAGACUUCCUCACUGAAACAAAGCACUCCGCCUGCUGUGCUCAUCGAGCAAAUAGAUAUGGUGCAGAUCUUCCAGCGUAUUGCCCGCCGGAAGUACACAGAAUCUAUAUUGAUGAUGUAUUUGCAAUCCCUGAACAAGUUUAAUAUUGCCGCCCAGGAGGAGCUGAGCAAAAUGAUUAUCAGCGAGCUGAUCAAUAAUCGUAGCUUCGACACUCUGCGACGCCUGGUCAGCUAUUCCAUGCUGCUGGAAUCCAAGUCCGUGGCUUGCUUUUUGCUAGCCCAUUCCAAUGUAGAUACAGCCAUUUCCCAAGUGGCCAUCGAUAUGCUGGGCAGGAUUCAAGCACAUGAGAUCAUUAUUGAAGUAAUGCUUGGUCAGGGCAAAGUAAUUAAUGCCUUGAGAUUGGCUAAAAACUCACUGGGACUUGAAAAAGUGCCAGCUCGCAAGUUCUUGGAGGCAGCUCAUAAGACCAAAGAUGAUCUCAUCUUUCACAGCGUAUUCCGAUUCUUCCAAAUGAGAAAUCUGAAGCUCUAUGAGACCUUGUCGUUUCCCAAGGCUGAACAAUGCACUGAGUUUAUCCAGCAUUAUAACAAUACUUUUCCUGUUGAAAAUCCAACGAGACCGGCAGUAAGUUAAAGGUAAAGUGGAAAACCAGUAACUUGUGAUUUUUGUAACUGAAAGUGUGCUUGAAAAGUAUGAAAAUACCUUCGUAUUGUAUUGUAAAUAUAUCCAAAUGAAUAUUAUCCUUCUGAUUCAUGAGUUUAUGUUCCAGAUCAAACAUAAAUCAUUAAUAUUUUAUACCAAAAUAAAAGAAUGACUCAAGAAAACGCCAAAUGACUUUCCUCCCAUAAAAAUACAGACU